GUUACUGGAUAAACUUUGUUAAUGGAUUUAUAAACACAUAUGUAUGCAAAAGCAUUACAUUGUACAGGCAGAUCUCGGGCAAGAUAAAAAAGAAAAAUACACUCCGCCCCUCAGAACCCCUUUAUAUGAGCUAUGUAGUACAACAUAUCAAUGCAGUGACAGGAAUAAACACAUGAUGAGGAGCUUCGUCUUGAGCACAGCUUUAUUUCUCUCCAGCCUCAGUAAGUACUGGCACCUCAGUACUCUCAAAUAACGGAAUGAGUAAAGUCAUUAAACAGAUAUAAUGGAUGUUGUUGUCCUGUAACACUGUAGGUUCAGACAUAAACAUUAUGUUCUUUCAUUCCAGGCUGGAUCUUUGUCUCAGGUUCUGAGUUUCAGACUGUGGAGGUCCAACUUGAUGAAGAAGUUACCUUGAAGUGCUCCAACAUUUCGAUUCAUCCAACACAGACAGACUGGUUCAAAGUUAUCAACAGAACUAAGCCCAGCUGUAUUGCUGCUAUGUAUGGAUCUCAGGGCAAAGCUUCAUUCUGUGAUGGAUUUCGAAAUGGAAAAUUCAAUAUGAGUUCCAACAACACCUCUGUCUUUCUUAAAAUCACACAAGUGGAUUUAUCUGAUGUUGGGCUGUAUUUCUGUGGAUUUUACGUGAAUAAGCAUACGGUCAUUUCCAAUGCAGUCGAGUUAAGAAUUCAAGGCGGUGAAACCAAUGAAGAAGAGGAUUUUAAGACUGAAAAAGAGCCUGGUAGUACACACGUGAUGAGCAUCGUCCUGAGUGGUGUGACUGGUUUGUUCACUGUGGUGGUCAUUGUUCUGGUUCUAAAAAUCUGGAAACUUCAAACAGAACCUAAACCAGAGAGGAACAAGAAUGUGAGCUCAGAAAAUCUGAAGUACACAAUGAUGAAUAUCCUGACGAAGGUCAAAAGAAGCUGUGGGUCUGUGGCACAGACAGAGCUGGAGACACAUGUUGUGUAUGCUGCUGCCAGAUAGACUGAAUAAGUGGAGCUCAUGCUUUAUGAUAAUAACCUGCUGAUGUAGUUUUGUGUAUGUUUUGUGGAUGACAUGGCAAAAACUGGCUGGCAAAAAAUAAAAAUAAUA